GCGUAUAGAACGAGUGAGACUGAGAAGUUAUGAACGAAGAUUGCUGUGGAUAUCAUGUAUCUGCAUUGCGAUUUUCUUUACCGCAUCGUUAACUCAACGAACUUGGAAGAGAUUCCAAACGUCACCCAUGGUCAUAUCAAUGGAUCGAAAUAAAUUCUUUUGGAAUACAAGUUUUCCAUCGCUAACUGUGUGCCCGCACAAGAGAAUCGAUGAUGCCAAACUCCAUGAAUAUAUGAAAGCACGGCCGCAGAUAUUUAAAAGUGAUGACGAUCGCAACGAAUUCACCGAUUUCAUUGAAAAACUAUCGAAUGCAACAUUCGAAAACUAUGAUCAAUUACCAAUGAACCGUACCUUUGAAAUUGAUAGCAGUCAAUAUAUGGAUCUAUUGUGGAAUCUAUCCUUUGUUUUUAAGCCAGAGCUAAAUAGUGGAUCGACAAAUAAAUUAUACUUACAGAAUACGAUUACUGAGUUGGGCAUUUGUUAUGCAGUUAAUUCAAAAGUAGCUGUUUAUAAUUCAUACAGAUACUGGCAAAAUAAUCGAUGGGAUUUUGUUAAAACCAAUGAUACAACACUGGUCACCGUACAUCCGCUUGAUGGCGAAAUCUAUGCCCAGAUUAUCAAUUUAUCAUGUGCAUAUGAGGUGUAUUUUCAUGGCUAUCACGAAGUACCGGACAUAUCAAAGCAAAGAUAUUCAUUCCCAGCUGGUGACUAUACAACGGUCGAACUUCUCGCCCUCGAAAUUCUCACAUCCAACGAUGCAAAAGCAUUGAGCAUAUCACAGCGUCAAUGUCGAUUUGCACACGAAUCGGAUAUCCUUGAAACAAGCCCAAUUUAUUCAUUCAACUUGUGCCAAAACGAGUGUCGUCUUCGAUUGGCCCUUAGAACAUGUGGUUGUGUACCGCAUUUUUAUCGGUCCCGAACCAAAUAUGGGAAAAAGUAUCGGGUGUGCGAUUUUGAAGGAAUACGGUGCUUGCAAACUAUAAAAGAUGUAUUGAUUUCGCUUAAAUCCAAAAUUAUUAACAUCGACUGUGACUGUUACGCCAAUUGCGACGAUCCGAAUUUCUUUGUUAAAGCCUAUAGGUCACGAGCAUGGUUUCUUGGAUCGAAUUUGCAAUGGGGCAUUAGCGAAUAUCCGAAGAUGCAGCUGAAACGAGAAGUAAUCUUUAGUAUGACAGAUUUUCUUGUCUAUAUCGGUGGAAUGGCGGCUCUUUUUCUCGGCUGUAGUUUAUUGAGCUUUACCGAACUCGCCUAUUAUCUCACAUACCGAUUUUGCCUCGGAUUUUGCCGAUCUUUUUGGAGAAAAUAAUGAUUGCAUUCGACUAUAAGAUAAAUACUUUUUUGGUGUGAAGUUUUUGUUAUCUCAAAAAUGAAUGGAAUUUAUGUAGAAAUGAAAAAAAAAUGUCAAAAAUUAUAAUACCGUUAUUCGUUGUUCGUAAAUAAUCGUAAUCAUAUUCAAAAGUUGGUAUGUUUCUGGAGAAGGGAUUUAAAGAUAGAGAAGAUUCAUCACAAAAUGGGGCGUUUGAGAAAGUAUUGCAACGAAAUCUUCGACGCCAAAUUUUUUUUCUAGACUGAAAUAAAGGAAUCGCAUAUCAAGUUUCAUUCUUUAAAAAAAAUACUAAUAAUGGCAAAAAACAGUGCAGAGAGCCUUACAAUUUUAAAGAAGUGCAAA